AAUUCGUCGAAUAUAUGACUGAACCCCUUUUCCUGCUUGGAUAGGCAUGCAUUUAUUUGAAAGACAUAUAUUUACACGACUUCCACAUAGUCAGGGCACAUAUACGCAUAGCGACCCUAUACCCCACACAUAUAUACAUACAUAUAUAUAUAUAUAUAUGUAAUAUAUAUAUAAAUACAUAUCCUUAAUUAUACACAUACAUAGUAUUUGUACAUAAACAACACACAAAUAUACAAUGGAGGAAGGAUACCGUGACCCCUGUCCCUACCGAAUCAUCGAUGAUUUCGGUGGAGCUUUCGCCAUGGGCGCUAUUGGUGGAGCUCUGUGGCAUGCGGGUAAGGGGUUCAAGAACGCACCUCCCGGCAUACGCUUCAGAAGCAGUCUGUCGGCCAUCAAAGCCAGAGCUCCAGUGAUGGGUGGCAAUUUUGCUGCGUGGGGAGGCAUGUUCUCAACCUUCGACUGCACACUCGUAUAUCUCAGACAGAAGGAAGACCCCUGGAACGCCAUUGCCAGUGGAGCUCUGACAGGUGGCGUGUUAGCCGCCCGGGGUGGACUCUCCGUGGCCAGUCGAUCGGCGUUCUUCGGUGGUGUGAUGCUGGCGCUCAUUGAGGGUCUGAGUAUAGCUAUUAACCACGGCAUUGCAUCGUCCUCCCGUCCCCAACUGGACCACGUGCCCGAUGCACCCAUCCCCCCGCCCAUGACUAUGGCCGCGCCCCCUCCCCAGCGGAGUCAGGCCGCGAACGACUACGGUCAGAAUAUGGGUGGCUUCAGCGGAGCCCCCGCCCAGCACGACGAAGAGCUGUUAACGACGUAGAUGAUAUAAAUAACUUGUAAAUAAUUGUAUAUCUAAUUGUGUAUAUACCCCGGUGGGAGUGUCAAUGUGACACGACACAGCAUAUUCGAUACUCCCUGUGUUAAACGAAACGACUAGUAUAUGGUGGUGUCAAGGCACAACGCGCUCCACCCGUGAUACGUUCAUAUACAAGGCACAUGUAUUAUACUUGCGUGCAGGUACAUGUAUGUGAGUGUACACGCAAGUACAUGCAUGUGAGUGUACGUGCCAGGCGAUUCAAAGCUUGUUAGAAGAUGUCGCGAAUGGAGGAGGGCUCGAUUCCCGGCGGCUUGAGCGGGUAUCUCGGUUGAGCUACCCGGUAGGCUUCGUGUACAUAGAGACUGCGUGCUAAGAUUAGUUCACAAAUUUAGGCGGUAAUCAUCUCGCGAGCGUGGUUACGUGUGGGGAUUGGUACUGCAACAAGCAUGCACUUCAUCUGUGUAUACGGACACAUACAUUGCGUGUGUGUGCGUGUGCGUGUGCAUAUGCACAUGUAGAUAUGUAUAUCGGUUGUAGAGCAGUUGUGCAAGUAUAUCUAAUAAAACUGAAAUGCUGCAGAAGCGGCUCAUCUUUGG